CUCGCGACGCGAUUAUGAAGGGUCCGGCCCACGCACGCAUCUCACUAAGAGUGUUCAGGCAGCGGAUUGCCGCGAAUUAGGAAGCGCUUACGCAUGAGCUUUGGCCUCCAAAAUUGGACGCGCCGACGCACCGCUAUAUCACACACGCAUUUGCGUCGUUCUGUUUUCACCUAGAGAUCGCACCCAGACAAAAAAACUGGUCGUUGCGUCACCCUCUGCACAUAAAAAACCAGCUUUAGAACUUACAGCAUCAUGUUGGCUGCACGCUUCGUACGCCGCCCGGCGCAAUUUUUCAAGCGACGCCUUCAAAACUAUCGAAACGGUCGCGGCCCGUGGACUAAAGCCCUCAUUAUGCCGUCCACGCGCGGGGAGAGUCUACGCCGCGUUCCUGGAACGAGCCGGCGGGAAAAACUUAUCUCACUCACACACCGCACUCGUCGCAGGCCACGACCCUCGAGGUCACAAUCUCCAAGAUCUUCCCCGCGGGCGCCGGCUGGCAGGCGGCGUCGCUCUACGCGGACAAGCUCGGCUUCGCGGCGGACAGUGCGUCGUUCGCCCUCACGACGGGCGUGGGAGACGGCAUCGCCGUCGCCGCGGGCCACACGGGCUACUACGCCGUCAAGAAGGCCGUCGCGGACCCGACCAUCGACAUGGGCGAGCAAGCCGGAGUAGGCGUCUGGUUAGGAAGCGCGGCGGUCUGCUCCGGAGCUCUGUGGCAGCCGCUGGUCAACGCCCUGCAGGCGUCCGAGAAGUUGCCCUUCGAGGCCGUCGCUGGCAUGACGGCCGUCGGGUGUGGAGGUGCCUUCCUGACGGGCUUGCGCGUGGGCCGCGCCGUCAUGCCCUGGGUGCCCGACUGCGACAGCGCGAACUUCGCCACCGAUGCGUAUUUGUCGAUGGCUAUUGGAGGGGCGUCGUCCUUUUUCGUCGGCACCGACGUCGCCUACCUCGGCGGCGAGGGCAACUUUCUGCGCCCGAUCGUCGGCGUCGAGGACUUCGACUCGGACCUCCUCGGCGUCGCCAAAGCCGGCACGUCCACGGCCCUGGGCUUCGUGGCCUUCCAGAGCGUCCAGAACGUGACGUUCAAGGCCGGCACGGCGUGGCUCGACCCGGCCGAGAGCCCGGAGCCCGUCAAGGAGGCGCUCCCGGCGGACCCGCAGGCGUCCUUCUCGUGA